AUGGCAAGUAUGAGCGUAUCCCGGGUAUACGCGGAUGCGAAUGAGUCUCGAGGUCGAGAGUGGUGGGACUACGACAACCUUGCCCUGCAGUGGGGAACGCAGGAUCACUUCGAAAUCUUGCAAAAGGUUGGUCGCGGGAAGUACUCCGAAGUGUUUGAGGGCGUUAACAUGUCCACAUCCACGUACGAUAAGUGCAUUAUCAAGGUGUUAAAGCCAGUGAAAAAGAAGAAGAUCAAGCGAGAGAUCAAAAUUCUCCAAAAUCUGAUGGGCGGACCUAACGUCGUCCAGCUAAUUGACGUGGUACGCGAUCCUCAGUCCAAGACACCGUCUAUUAUCACGGAAUAUAUCGAUAAUACCGACUUUAAAGUUUUGUACCCCACAUUCUCCGACUAUGACGUGCGCUACUAUAUUUUCGAGCUGCUCAAGGCACUCGACUUUUGUCACUCACGGGGCAUAAUGCACCGCGAUGUCAAGCCACACAAUGUCAUGAUUGAUCAUGAAAAGCGCAAGCUGCGUUUGAUUGACUGGGGUUUGGCUGAGUUUUAUCAUCCUCACACAGAAUACAAUGUGCGCGUUGCCUCGCGGUACUUCAAGGGCCCAGAACUGCUCGUUGAUUUUCAGGAGUAUGAUUACUCGCUAGAUAUGUGGAGCCUGGGAUGUAUGUUUGCUUCAAUGAUUUUCCGCAAGGAGCCAUUCUUCCAUGGCCAUGACAAUUACGACCAGCUAGUGAAAAUAUGCAAGGUGCUGGGUACAGAUGAUUUCCAGGUGUAUUUGGACAAGUACAAAAUUGAGCUGGACUCGCAUUACGAUGUAAUUCUUGGACGCUACCCGCGCAAGCCAUGGUCUCGUUUUGUCACACCGGAGAACCAACAUUUUGUGUCCGACGAAGCCAUCGACUUUCUCGAUAAGCUGCUUCGCUAUGAUCAUCAGGAGCGCCUGACUGCACAAGAGGCACAGAACCAUCCUUACUUUGAUCCAGUCCGUGCGCUGCUGAUGGAAAAGCGCCCUGACAUGUAA